UUAUAACCUUAAUUGCCUUUUGUGAGGCUGUCAACUUGACGUUUUUUACUUGAAAAAUGCAUUUUAAGUUUUUAAGAAAGUUGGGACUGCGAGUGUUGAUGCCAAGGAUCUGGAGACUGCUCCUUAGAAGGUACAAGGAUACCGUGGCUAUUCUGUUUCUGCUUUACGUGGUCUACAGGAUAAUUACUUUUAAGGGCGAUCCCAGCAAGCGAACUGCUUCUCUGUCGGGUUGGGGUCGUGAUACGCCCAGGAGUAUUGCUGAUUACUUGGAUCCAGCCAAGGAUACGGCGCUUAUUGUCCCUCGGGAGUUUUGCCGAAGUAAGGCCUUCCUGACCAUCGCAGUGUGCUCCUUUGUGCACCACUUUGAGCGGCGACGCGCCAUCCGCAUGCUUUGGGGCAACUCCACUGACUUUAACUACUCGUCAUUUGUAAAGCUCCAUGGCUACCCCAAGGGACAAUACCUUGAUGUGCUACCCGAGCGUCUGAAACUCUAUGCCGAGUAUCUGAGUGGCGAGGGUGACUCCCUGAAGGCCUCCAUCCGGAUUGUUUUCAUUCUGGGCCGCAGGAACUGGGCCUCUUUGCUUGAAAAUGAGGCGGUUGCCAGCGAGGCGGAAAAGUAUAAUGAUAUCAUCCAGGAGAACUUCUUGGACACCUACAAUAACCUGACCAUUAAGACGGUGAUGGCCAUGAAGCACAUCAGCCAGAAUUGUAUGAACUCGACGGCAUUUUACUUCAAGUGCGACGACGACACCUUUGUGAAUAUACCCAAUGUGCUGCACUUUCUGCUCGGAGGAACGAUUCCUCUGAACGAGGUCACCGUGGGGUACCAUUACCUCAACACGUAUCAGGUCACUUCGCCUCGGAAACGGUUGACGGCCCGCAGAGGGGUGUUGUAUGGACGCCAGUACUGCAACGUACCACCGAUCACUAAUAAGCUGAACAAGUGGUACAUGCCAUCGUACAUGUUCCGGGGCAGUGUGUAUCCGCCCUACCUGUGUGGAUCCGGCUACGUGGCGUCCAUUGACGUGGUGCCACGGCUCUACAAGGCCGCGCUGGGCACCAGGAUCGUGCACUUGGAGGACCUGUUCGUCACCGGAUUAUCUGCGGAAAAGGCUGGUGUCAAGCGGACGAACCACCCGCUCUUUAGGUCCAGUUACCCUUUCCAGGUUGACGAGCUGUGCGCCCUCAAAGGUUCCUUCACCGCCCACCGCGCUAAGGAUUACCUAAUGUGGGAGGCCUGGUACCAGGUCACCAACUACAGCAGCAAAUGCCCACCGCCAGGAAAGGACUUUCAGUUAAAUCUGCGCAGGAGGCAAAGGUGUUGAACUAAUUAUGUUUGUAAUUAAC